AUGAAGAUUGCAAUUCUUUUAUCCAUCUUUGUAGCAGUGGUUGUGGCAAGACCUGAUGAAGAGUUUUACAGCAAAUAUGAGAACUUUGACGUUAAAGAUAUAAUACUAAGCCAACGGCUACUAAAAGCAUAUUCGCAUUGUUUACUAGGUAAAGGGAAAUGUACACCAGAAGGAAACGAUUUCAAAAAAUUGAUCCCAGAUGCAGUACAAACCGAAUGCAGUAAAUGUUCUGAAAAACAAAAGUCGCUAGUUGCACAAAUAAUUAAAGCCAUUGUAGAGCAACUGCCUCUUGAAUGGGAAGAAUUGUCUAAAAAAUACAACCUUAAUGGAGUUCACAUGGUAUCAUUCAAUCAGUUCUUGGAAAAAUACUCAAAACGUUGA